AUGAAUUCUAAUUCUAAAAAAAAUGAUAUAUUUGGUAAGAAAAAGGUUUUUGAAAAUAUAAAACUAAAUGAAAACAACAACUUUAGUGAUAAUAAUAGUCUCAUGUGUAAUCAAAAAAAUGAUAACACAUCAAAGCAAACUAUACAAAAUAUUGAAAAUAAUAAUAUAAAAGAAAACAAAUACCACAAUUUUAUUUCUUUAAGUGAUGAUUCUAAUAAGAAAAAUAGUAAUGAAAAUGAUAAUAUUUUAAAUAAUUUCAUGAUAGAAACUUUGUGCAUAAAUGAAAUUAAAACUUCUGAAGAAAAUAAUUUAUUUGAUGAUGAGAAACACACUAAUAAAGAUGUAUUAAUAUCAAUGUUAAGAAAAAAUUUAGAAUUAAAGAUAAAAGAUUAUAAUUUAGUUAUGGAUACUCUAAUUAGAACUAAAGAAGAGUGUAGCGAAAAAAAUGAUCAGAUAAAAAAACUUCAAUUAAAACAUAAUGAAAUGGAAAGGGAAUAUUUUAAUUUGAAGAAAGAAAAAGAAAAAAUAAAUAAUGAGAAGAAUAUGAAUUUAGGUAGUUUUUCAUUUUAUAAAAAUGAAUAUAAUGAUAUAAAAUAUAAGUUAUUAAGAUUAGAAGAUAAACAUAAUAUUCUUAUGGAAAAAAAUGCGCAACUUAAUAAAGAAAUUACUAAUUUAAAAAAUGAGAAAUGUAAAUUAGAAAUAGAUAAGAAUAAUGAAAUAGAAAAACUAAAGAAUGAAAAUGAUAAAUUAAAAUGCAAAAAUGAUCAAUUAUUAAGUGAACAUCGUAAUUUAUUAGAAAAACAUUUACUUAAUGAAAAAAAAAUAUAUAAGCUAGAAAAAGAAAAAAAAGAAGAAAUAUCAAAAUUCCAAGAAAUUAUAGAAAAUGGAGAAUUAGUGAAAAAAAAUUCUGUUGAAAAUUUAAAUAAAGUUAAAGAUGUUUUAUCAAAAUCAUUACUAAAAUCAGAAGAAAAUGUAAAAAAAUUAUUAGUUGUAGAAAAAGAAAGAGAUAAUUUAAAAAUGAAAAAUGAAAAUUUUAUAAAAAAAAAUGAAGAAUUAAAUAUCAAAAUUGAUAAUUUAAAAAAUGCAAUAAAAACAUUUGAAAAAAAUUUUAGAGAAAUUAUAGAAAAAAAUAAUUCUAUGUUUUCUGUUAUGCAUGAAUUUUUACAUCAGAAUAAUAGCAAAAUAAUUGUACUUAGAAAAAAUAAUGAAAUAAAAGCUAUUUGCGAUAGUUAUAAUAUAGAAAAAAAUAUAUUUGAAGAUAUUGAUCAUUUCUCAGUGCUAUAUAUAUAUGAAGUAGCUCAUAGUGAAACACAAGAAGAUUAUAAUGAAUCUUUAUAUGAUAAUAAUGAUGAUGAAGAUUAUAUUAAAAUUAAAAAAUCAAAAUACAAAAGUUUAAAUUAUCUGUUAAAUGAAGCACAAAUAAAAAUUAUAACUUUAACAAGAUCAAACGAAAAUUUUGAAAAGUGUUGUGCAAAAGUUAAAAACUCAUUACUAAGUGAUGAAUUGAAUAUUUAUAAAAAACAUUACUUUGGUGAUCAUGAAUACUUGUAUAACGAAAAAAAUUAUAUUGAAAAUAUACUGCAAGAAAAAAUUGAAUAUGUUAAAUGUAUAGAAAAAAAAUUAGAAGAAAAAGAUAUAAUUAUACAUAAAUUUAAAGAAAAUAUUUUUAAGUUAAAAUUAGAAAAGGAAACUUUAAUUAAAGUGAUUUCUUCUCUACCUAACAUUUCUUCUAUAGUUCAUGUAGACAAUAAUAAUAAUAAUAAUAAUAAUAAAAAAUUAUCAUUAGAAAAAAUAAUAGAAAAUAUUAUUAAAGAUCAUAUUUAUGAUAUAAAAAAUAGUAAAAUGGAAGAAUUUAACGGAAGAACACCAUCAAAUAUUAGUAAACAAUCAAAUUUACAAAAAAACAAUAAUGAAAACAUAAAUGAUAAUAUACCUCAUUCAAUUAAUAAUUUAAAUCCUUUUCGUUGUAUACUUGAGAACUUAGGAAAGGCUAUCUUGAAUAUGGAAUUAAAACAGAUAGAUUAUUUUAAAAAAAGUGAUUUGUUAAAUUUUAUAGAUGAUUAUAUGAUAACAAUAGAUAUAUUUAAUAGAAUAUCUGCAUAUAAUAAUUUAUUCAAAGUAGAAGUUUUACUCGAAAAAGAAUUUACUUACAUUUUAGAAAAAUUAAAUGGUAAUGAAGAAAACAAAACAGAAAUAAUAAUUAAAGAACUAGAAAGAAAUAAAAAGAAUUACAAUGAUGAAGAUCUUUUUCAUUAUAUAGAAGAUAAAAACAUAUUAGAUAAAUAUAAGCAAUUUUACCAUGAUCAUUUUGUUAACAUAAAUAAUAUAUUUAAUACAAUUAUAAGUUUUAAUUUGUAUAAUAUUGAGAAUGAAUAUAAAACUAUUUACGAGAGGUAUUUUAAUUUAUUCAAUUUAAAUUUCAGUAAUGUUGAGUUAUCAUUUGAUUUAUUAUUAAGAAGAUUUAAUAAAAUACUAAGAUUAUCUAAAACUUAUGAAAAUAUGAUUAUCGAUAGUAAUAAGAAAAUAACAGAAUUAAAUAAAAGUGAAAUAGAAUUAUAUAAAACUCAGAAAAAGUUAGAAUAUGAAGUUGAGUUAAUAAAAAAGGAAAAAGAAAAUUUAGAAAAAAUUAUUGUAAAAAAUGAAGAAAAAAUUAAUAAUUUUAAUGAAAAAUAUAUACUUUUACAAAAUGAGUUCCAUCAAUAUAAAAAUAAAUACAUUUUCAUCAUUGAAGAAUUUGAGAAUCUAAAGAAAGAAAAAUGUAAUUUAGAAGAAGAAAUAUCUCAAAAAGAACAAAGAAACAUUAAGUUAAAUGAACAAAAUAGUGAAAUUAUAAAAAAUUACGAAAAGGAAAAGGAUUAUUUACAAUCAUUAUUACAAGAAACAAAAGAAAGCAAUAAUUACUUAAAAGAAAAAUUAGAAUCUAUAUUAAAUAAUAAUGAAAAAUUGAAAUAUGAUUACGAUAUACGCCUAAAUAAUUUGAAUACUAUGUGGUCAGAAGAAAAAGAAAAUAAUAAAAAAAAUAUUUUUAAUAUAAAUAAUUUAAAAAUUGAAAACAAUAAUUUAUUAUUAAAAAUAAAAGAACUGGAAAAUAAAAACAACUUAAUAAAAGGUGAAUUAAAUGAAAGAAUUAAACAAAUCAAUGUAUUCAGAAAUAGCUGUUCUUUUUCCAUGAAGGAUGUGAAAAAUAUUUCUAAAUGUUUUAAUCCUUAUUCAAAUAACAGUUAUACAUUGAAUGAAGAUGAUUCAGAAAAGGAUUUAGAAUUUGAUUUGAGGGAAAGAAAAUUACAAGAAACUAUAGCUGAUUUAGAAAGAGAAAAUUAUAAAUUAAGAGGAGAAAAAGAAAUAUUGAUAACUUCUAUUGAUACAUGGAAAUGUUUUAGUGUAGAUAGUAAAGAAGAGAUAAGUAGAUUAAAAAAGAUUUGCAAUGAGCAACUUGAAAAACAUAAAGAAUUUUUGUUAAUAAAUCAAUCUAACGAAGAAAAAUUAAAAUAUAUAAAUAACUUAUUGACAACAGAAAAAGAUAAAUAUGAAAAAGAUUUAAAUGAAAUUAAAUCGGCUUUAAAUAAGGAAAUAGAAAAAUUAAAUGAUAAUUUAAAAGAAAAAACUUAUGAAAUAAAAGUUUUGAAAUAUGAUAAAGAAACAUUGUUAAAUAAAAUUAAAAAUUUUGAAAAAGUAAAAAAUGAUGAAACUUCAUUAAGAAAAAAAGAAGAAGAAUAUAUAAGUUUAUUAAAAAAUGAUAAAACAAAUCUUCAGAAAGAAUUAAAUGAUAUAUUAGAAAAACAUAAUACAGAAUUAGAUAAAAACAAAAAAUUAUCCAAUGAACUUGACAUUCUAAUUAGUAAACACAAGGAAGAAAUGAGAUUAAUAAAUGAAAAAUUAAGUAAUGUAAAAAAGGAUAAUGCAUAUUUAAAUGAAAUGUUUCAAAAACAAAUUAAUUUUAGUGAUAAUGAUUUAUUAAAAAAUAGAUUAGAUCAGCUAGUUCAUAUAAAUAAAGAUUUAGAAUCAGAGUUACAAGAAAAUGCAACUUUAAAUGAAAAAAUAAAAUGUGAGAAUAUAGAAUUAAAAGAAAAGUUAAAAAUAGAAAAAGAAAAGUUUAUACAACAACAAAAAUAUAUUAUAGAAUUGCAAUCUAAUAUAACGGAUAAAAACAUGAUUGGUAAAAAUGAUGAAUUUAUCAAUAGCCUAAAAGCUAAUUUAGAAAGCUCUAGGUUAGAAUUGCAAAAAUUAUUUAAUGAAUUCGAAAAAGCUAAUUUAAAUGAAGAAAAAUAUAUAAUGAAAAUAGAAAUGUUAGAAUCUAAAUUAUUAAAAAAUCAAAAUGAAAAAAAUAAAAUUGUAGAGCAAUUGGAAGAUAACACUAAAAAUCAUUUAAUUAACUUUAAUAAAUUGAAAACUAAUUUAGAUAUACUCACUGAAGAAAAUAGAAUAUUAUUAUUAAAUAAAGAAGAAUAUGAGAAACAAAUUGAAGAAAUGAAAAGAGAUAAUCAAUUUUUUAAUUCUACCAAAAAUAACGACUUAAACAUAAUUGAAAGAGAAAAAUUACAAGAACAACUUUCAGAAUAUUUAAAUAAAUUAAAUGAAAAAGAUAAAGAAAUAAUUAAUUUAAAUUUUCAAUUAAAAAAAUUAACUAAUGAAAAUGCAGAUAUGAAAAGUAAAAUAAAUUUAACUAAUGAAAAUAACCAUAAUAAUAAUCAUAUGGAAAAUAGAAAUAAUGAACAUAUUUCAUUAGAGAUAUACAAAUAUAUCAAUGAAAAUAUUGAUUUAACUGCAGAACUUGAAAAUAAAAAUGAACUUUUAGAUAAAUUUAAAGAAGAAAUAAAACAGAAAAAUGAUGAAAUAAAUAAAUUGAAUGAUGAAAUAUUAAAAUUAUCGAGAAGUUGUAACAAAUUAAAUGAAUCAAUUAUGAUAAUGGAAAAACAUAAAGUAAAUAUGAAUAAUCACAUAAAAGAAAAAGAUGAGAUAAUUGAACAAUUAAAAAAUAAAUAUAAUAACAGACUAGAUGAUUUAAUGAAUUAUUAUUGGUGUAAAACAAAUACAUUUACAUUUUCUGAAAAUUCUAAGGAUUAUUCUUCUGAUAACAUUUUAGGUGUGCAAAAAAAUGUACCAAUUGAUGAAAGUAGUGAAAUAAACAUGAAGGAAGAAGUUAGUAAAUUAAAACGUUUAUCUUUAAAUAAAGAUAGUGAUAAUAUUAUAAUCAUUAAAUGUAAUAUAUUAAAACUAUUUAAAUUAAGCUCUUGUUAUUUAUAUAUUAUAAAUAGAAAUUUAAAAGAAAUUCAAAAUUUAAAAAAUCAGGUUAGUUGUUUAGAACAAAGUAUAGAAAGCCUAAAUAAAUUUAUUGAUAAUUUAAAAGAUGAAAAUAAUAAAAAUGAAUUAAUCAAAGUAAAUAAUUUAGAAGAGAUACUAAAAUUAAAAAACAAUAUUCAAAAUAAUGAAAGUUUUAUAAAAAAUUUAAAGGAUAACUUAAAAAAAAAUGAAGAUAUUAAUGAAAAAAAUUUAAAAAACAUAUAUAAAUAUAAGAGUUUUAUAGUUCAUUUAAUUGAACAAAGUACUAUAUUAUGUGAGAUAUUUAAAAAUAUUAGUUCAAAAAAGAAAAUAGAUGCAUCUAUUUUAAAUCAGUUAAGUAAUUUGAGAAAAUCAUUUAAUUAUUAUAUGUAUGAUUCUGUUGUAGAAGAAUUGAAAAAAAAAAAUUUAAACAUUAAUAAUGAGUUCAAUGAAGAAUGUUUACAAAAUAUUAAAUUAUUUGCUGAAAAUUAUAAUUUAAAAAUUGAAAAAGGAGAACCCGAUAUAUUUAAUAAAACUGAAGUAAAUGAAGAAAUUAAUAUUUCUUCUUUGGAUUGUAAUAUAUAUAACAUAGAUUAUGAGUCUGUUAAUAAAAUUUCUAAUAAUGAAGAAUGUGAUAGUAAGAAAAAAAAAAUAUAUUUAACUAAUGAAAAUGAAUUUAUUCAAACUCUAUUAAAUGAAGACAAAUUUAUUCAUGAUAAAGAACAAAAUAAUUUUAAUAAUCUGGAUGAUAUCCAAAUAUGUAAAAAUGAAAAUAAAGAGAAUGAACAAAUAGAUUCCUAUGAAAUUUAUAAAAAAAAUGAUGUUAAUAAAAAAAAUAACAUCUUAAAUGAAGAAGAUAAUAUUUCUAACAAAAAAAAUAACAUCUUAAAUGAAGAAGAUAAUAUUUCUAACAAAAAAAAUAACAUCUUAAAUGAAGAAGAUAAUAUUUCUAACAAAAAAAAUAACAUCUUAAAUGAAGAAAAUAAUAUUUCUAAUAAAAAAAAUAACAUCUUAAAUGAAGAAGAUAAUGUCUUUAUAAAUGAAGAUAAAAUAAAUAAAGAAGAAAAUAAUAUUUCUAAUAAAAAAAAUAACAUUUUAAAUGAAGAAAAUAAUAUUUCUAACAAAAAAAAUAACAUCUUAAAUGAAGAAAAUAAUAUUUCUAAUAAAAAAAAUAACAUCUUAAAAGAAGAUAGUAUAUUUAUUAUAGAAAACAAAGAGUAUUCUAAUGGAGAUAAUGCAUUAAAUGAAGAAAUUAAUACAGAUGACAAAAAAGAAAAAAAUACUAACGAAAAUAAAGAACUUUAUGAUGAAAAAUAUAAUUUAGAAAAUAACAUAGAUGAUAAUAAUGAAGAAUUGAAAGAUUGUUUUACCACCAACCAUUUAGAAUGUAAAACAAAUAAUGAAACUUUGCAGAGAUAUGAAGAGAAUAUACUAAUGAAUUUUCAGGGGGAUGAUUUAUCAACUCAAAAGAAAUCACAAAAUAAUGAUAAAGAUUCAAGUAUCAAUGACAAUAUAGUAAAUGGUACUAUGAAUUUAAUGAAUAACGAUGAUAAUGUAAUGAACAAAGAAGAUAAUUUAAAAAUAAUUAGCGAUAAUAAUAUUGUAGAUAAUGAUAAAAAUAUUAUUAAUAACACUGAUAAUUUAAUAGAGAAGAAUAACGAAAUAAUAAUUGCAGAUAACAACAAGUUAUGUGAAAAGUCGAAUUAUUAUGCGGUAAAACAAAGUGAUGAUUAUAAAAAUGAAGAACUGCUAGAAGAAAAUAAUGAUAUGAAAAUUAAUAAAUAUUUAAAUGAAAAUGUUACUCCAGAUGUACUUGAAAAAAACAAUAGUUAUAAUGUUGAAUAUUCCAAUGAAAAACAGAUGAAAGAUUCUAAUUAUAAUCAUAUUAUAAAAGAAAAUGAAAAAAAUAAUAAUAUAAUUUUAGAAAAUUUAAAUAAAAACAAAGAAAAAUAUGCAAAUGAUAAUGAAAAUUGUGAAAACAAUGCAGAAGAAAAUUCACACAAUCAAAACAAAGAGGAAGAAAAUAGUAAAAAAAUUAAAAAUGAUAUAUAUGAAAAUUUCAAUUAUAUAGACUUUAUGCAAAAUAAUAGUAAUACUAACAUUAAUUCAUAUAGUUCUCAUGCGUCUGAGUAUAAUUAUGAUGUAUAUAAAAAAGUUUAUGAAGAAAAUAACAAAAUAGAAAAAAAAAGAAAAUAUUAUUCAGACUCAGAACUGGUAAAAGUAGAUAUUUAUUCACCAAUAAUGAGCCCUUCAAAAAAAGUAAAAAAAAUUCAUGACAUUUAUAUUGAUAAUGAAGAAAGUGAAAAUGAAUAUGAAAAUAAAAAUAAGGAAAUUAAUGAAAAUCAUAAUGAAGAAAAAAAUCAUCCCUAUAAGAAUCAUUUUAAUAACUUAAAUUAUAAUAAAAAAGUUGUGACUUAUGAAGAACAAGAAAUUCUAAAUAAUACAAAACGAAGUAAUAAUUAUAUCAAUUAUUACGAAGAUAGAAUUAACAAAAAUGUUAAGAAAAAUCAAGACAAAAUGGAAAAUUAUGAUGUAUGUGAAAGUGAAAAUAAUGAAAAUGAGAGCAGUAAAAGUUGUUAUAUUAUUUCAUCAGAUGAAGAAUGUGAAAAAGAUGACUAUUCAAAAAUAUCAGAUGAUGAGGAAGAAGAUGAAGAAGAGGUUGAAGAAGUAAAUGAAAGAACAGAAGAAGAAGAAGAAGAUUAUGAAGAAGAUAAUAUUAAAGAAAUAGAAAUUGAAAAAGAUGAAAAUGAAGAAGACAAUGAAGAAGAAAUUGAGGAGGAAUAUGGGGAAGAUAAUUCGAAAGAAGGAGAAAUUGAAGAAGAUAUUGAAGAAGAAGAUUAUGAAGAAGAUAAUACAAAAGAAAUAGGUGAAAAUGAUGAUGAAUGUUAUGAACAUGAAGAAUAUGAUAAUGAAGAAUAUGAAAAUGAAGAACAUAGUAAAGAAUUAGAUGAAGAAAAAGAUAGUGAAGAUAAUGAAGAUGAAGAAUAUGAGAUAAAAGAAAAUUAUUACGAAGAAGAGAAUAUAAUUUAUAGUAAUAAAAAAAUAUCUAAUUUAGAUGGGAAUACAAAAAAAAUUUUUAACUUAAAUAGUAAUGAUACUAUAAAUUUAGAUAAAUAUAAUAUAAAUGUGAAUAAUGAUAUUUCGAAGUAUAGCAAUUCUAAUAAAAAUAAUAUUACUAAUAAUUUUAAUUUUUUUACAUCCUCAAAUGAAAAAAUGAAAAAAGAAAAUAAACCAUUUAAUAAAAAUGAAGAAAAUUCAGAUGCUAUUAGCAUUGUGUCAUCAAAUGAAGAAAAUGAAGUACUUUUUGAAAAUGAAAAAGGAAAUAUAGAAAACACAAUUGAAAAAAAUAACAUGAACAAUCAAGAAAAUAUGAAUGACAAAGAAAAUUUAAGUGAAAUGAAUUUUGAUGAAUAA